GUCGAGCCGUCCGCGCGCACGUGUCAUCUCUCGCCUGUCAUCCGUCGCGAAUUUAAUAUACGUGCCGAUAUUCUCCGCGUUUUGAGUACCGACAUUGUGACAAACGUAAAGUGAUUUUGAAACUAAGAUAAAAGGGUGUGAUAAAAAAAAAAGGACUCGUCUUUUAACGCGAUUGAACGUGUAUGUGUGCGUGAUAUUGAGUUUUACGCGCGUCUAAACGGAAUCCGCAGAUUUUCCCUUUUAUUGUUAUCGAAGCUUCGCGCGAACAAAGGCAAGUGCGAGGCCGAUAAACAGCGGCUCGAAUAACAGUCGCAUAUAGUUUGCUUUGCUUGACUUCCGAUUAGCGUAAUCUCGGUUUUCAAUUUCCAUCUUCGUCUGUGAGAGAUAGCGUCGCAGAUGGUAAACCGCGAUAAUCGAGUGCGUUUCUAAUCGGUCAACUCGAUAGUGUUAGAUCUCGUUUGCGGGCGACCGAAUCAAAGGUCUUUACGCUUACGUAUCUCUCGUUCUUUCUCUCUCUUGCUUCCCGGAAAAAUCCGAUACAAGAGCCGCGAGAUAAUAGUGCGCGUUGUCUCUUCUCGCCCGAAGGAUUAUUCGCCUCUCUUAAGUCGAUCAUCGUCCGUGCAAUCAGAUCGAAGUCUCUCUCGCAAUCUAUCACUAUCUCCCGACGAUAGGAUCUCCGAUCGAUCCUCGUGAUCGAUCUACGCGUGCCAAAAGCACGCGAAUCCGCCGAGAGACGUCGCGCUAUCCAUCAAAAGGAUCCUUUCGAGCCCGCGGGCCGCGGAGAACGCUCUUAUCUCGAUAAUGGUUAUCGAAUAGACUAGAGGCGAGCGCGAGAGGAAGAAGAAGAAGACGAAGAGACGAGAAUCGGCGGUCGACCUCGAGAUAAGGGAGGACAGCAACGAGGAGGAGCUCGCCGAUUGUAAAUUAUAUUCACCCGCGACUGCGGCGGAAAAAUCGGCGUCGAGCGGACGAAAUAAUUAUUGUGCGCGUUUCUUUUCUCCUUCCGCGAAGAGAGAGAGAGAGAGAUUAAUCGCGUCAUGCCGAUCGCGACGUGAGUCGAAUGCGAGGUCCGCCGCGAGGUCGUCGUCGUGGGGCGGAGAACGCGCCCGUGGCGCAAAGUGUCGAUCGGCAAGGUGUCGUCGCGGCGACACAGGGUGAAACAGGAGGGAGGCCGGGACCGUUCAUCUGGAUGCCAGUUCUCGAAGGUGGAGUGCGCAAAAGGGCCGUGCGCAAAAUGCGGAUGAGGAUCUGCGCCGCGACCAAGGAGUCCUACACGCUCCUCUCGAAGAAACGGAGGCAGCAGUUGGAGCAAUCUGUAUACGAGCCCGAGUCGCGGCGAAGCACAACCGUGGAAGAUGACAGACAAGGCUCCAAUCCGGAGAAAGUCAAAAGCACAACGCAGGAUCUGUUCGAGUUACUAGAGCGAGUGCAAAGUUCACGUCUCGACGAUCAACGCUGCGUUCUACCGUCAUACUUUUCUCAGACGCCGAGACAGGAUGACAGGACGACGUCGAGUCCCGGCGGCGCAGGCAGCAAUCACACUCCGGCGCUGUCACCGUCGCCGGUGGGCGACGCGCCCUUGGGCAGGGCGCUCAUGGAGGCAGCCCUGCAGCAGCAGGCCGCGACCGGCGCCCAGCCGCCCUUAGUCGUCACGCCGUCCGGAUACUGGGUCGAUGGUACCGAUCAUCGACAUACCCUCGACUCGGCUGGCAGGGCGUUGCUGCCGGCGCAGCCAGCCUGGCAGCCCAGGAUAGACCAAGACGAUACCGCCAAGUGUUAUCGGCGCUUCUUCGUCGGCAGGGAACACGUGAACCUCGUGGGAAGAGACGGUGAGAACGGCCCGGUCCUGGUCUCGGUGAAGGCCGAGGCGGUCGCCGGACAGGAACAUUGGCGAGUGUUGCUCCGAUUGCGAGCGGGAUCGACGCAUGACCUGGUACCAGCCUCGAAUCUCACCUCAAAUCCUACACCGACGAAAAUGGUCAAGGCAAUCAACGAGGCCCUGAACGUCAGCCCUCUGAUGCCGGUCAUGUGUCCCGGUGCCGGCACUCUAAUCGCUCGAUACGACGAGCAUGCCCUGGUCUCCAGGUUCAAGUUCGGCGUUCUACAUCAGCGAGCCGGCCAAGUCACCGAGGAGCAACUCUUUGGCAAUCGGCAAAUCACCCCGGCCUUCCAGGAGUUUCUCGACUUACUCGGCCAGAAAAUCGAUCUCAAGGAUCACAAGGGUUAUCGAGGCGGAUUAGACACUCGACAUGGUCAGACUGGCGAUUCGGCAGUGUACGAAGUAUUCCGAGGUCGGGAGGUGUUGUUCCAUGUGGCCUCGUUGCUGCCGUAUAGUCCAGGCGAUUCGCAACAAUUACAACGUAAACGACACAUCGGCAACGACAUCGUCGCCAUUAUAUUCCAGGAGGAACCGACGCCCUUCAGUCCAGACAUGAUUGCCAGCCACUUCUUACACGCCUUUAUCGUCGUCCAAGUCAUCGACCCCUGCACUCCGAAUACGAGGUACAAAGUCAGUAUAACAGCGCGCGACGACGUUCCUUGGUUCGGACCAACCCUGCCGGUACCUGCGGUCUUUCUCAGAGGUGUCGAAUUCAAGGAGUUCCUGCUCACGAAGCUCGUAAACGCUGAGAACGCAGCGUACAAAGCCGAGAAGUUCUCCAAGUUGGAGCUACGGACUAGAUCGGCCUUGUUGGAAUCCCUAACGGAGGAAUUGCAGACAAAAACGAGUGAAUUUCUCGGCGGCCCGAUCGGCCUGGGAAACUCGGGUUUAACCGUAUGUCCGGUGAGUCCAACGACGAGUGAUGUAUCCGCUUCGGGAAGCAGCGGCUCGCGAUUCAUAGACACCGUACGCAAGGCGUUGAUCUCGCGAGUGAGGAACGCAUCGACGGAGAGUGUACCGCAACAACUGGCAAAGAAGGGUCAAGGAACAGAGCCUAGUCCACCGAGCAAUAGGCAGUCGACCGCCAUAAAGGUGAGCGGCAACAGUAAGCGCUCGGUGGAACCGUCCAGUCCUCUCGGCUCGCCGGAUCUAACUCUGAGGAGAGACUCGGAACGCGGUAGUCUUGGCAGCCAGGACAGCAGUUUGUCCAACACUGACAAUCAGGACAGCAGUUUAGCGACGUUGCAGCAAGAUGAAUACGAUCGCAGGGAGUCGCAACAGGGUGCGAGCGUUGUCUGUCCCGAUAGUGACGCCACCGUCAUUGACAAGAGUCCGGCACCGACAUCGGCGACAACGGUGCAGCGAUUGACGCAUGAGAAUCUACGUACGCAGGAGAAAACGGCGACGACAGAGGUGACACAACGAGUGAUCUCCGAGAGCGAUGAUAGUUCGCUCAACAGCGAACUCGAGCUCGAUCAGGCUGUAUAUCCCGAUAGCGAUACGGGCCUCGAAUCCAUGAGUUCCGCAGAGACUCACGAUACAGCUAGAUGUACAAGCAAGGACGGAGUCGUGGAAAACGAUACCCUGAGGAUGGAGGUCACUAGGCUCAAGUGUGACAAGCUGGAUUUACUGCGACAGAAUGUGACAUGCCAACGUGAACUGAAACGCCGCCGAGAGAAGGAACUACAAUUGGAAUCCGAUUUAGCGGCGGCGUCCAAAGAAAUUCUGCGUCUACGAGCGAUGCUGAAGGAGUGCUCUACUAGCAUUCCGCUGGAUAACAAUAACCAGCAAACUUCCACCGUGUAGAGAGCUUGCGAGUGCGAAUGAAGGUGCGAUUGCGAGUCAGUAUUAUGAAAUGGAAAGGCCCUUGAUAUCGAAUAUUGCGUAUGUCACAGAUUCGGGAGAUUAUCUUCGAUGCGCGAAAUCAAUUUCAUUUUUAUUAGAUAUCUGUCGCAACAUCCAACUUCACAUGCAUGCUAUUUCCUUUUACUUUCGCGCAUAGUCUAAUAUCGAGAUUAUUCAAACGACAUACGGAAUACCAAUCUAAAGGACAUUAAAUGAAAGAUGUCUCUUCGACGCUUGACAAGUCUCGAUACUUAAACACCAUGUACCUUCCAUUCAUCAGGAAUUGUUCAUCACUUCCAAAGGUCUACCGUUAGUGCUUUAUAGGAGCAUGUAGAGUUUGCAAUUAAAGUAGAGUUUGCUUUAUUGAUUAAUCGUUUAAAUUAAGUUUUCUUUCUCGUAGGUAUAAAUCGGUACAAGUUCUAUAAGUCAUAUACGAAAUAGUAGAAUUAGUGAAAAUCUUGCAAAAAAUUGUGUGUAGUGAUCGAAGCGUCCUCGGGACACUUGCAGUAUAAAUUCAAGAUUGUUAGAGCUAUUAUUUGACUUGUAUAAGACAUAUACGUGUAAUAUUUAUCUAUUAAUUUAUUAAUAGAUUUAAGUUGACCACUCGUAGUAAAUACACUUAUAUGGACAUGAAAAAAAGAAACAAAUAGAAAUAUCUGAAAUAUUAAUUGUUUUAGAGGCGCAGAUGCCAAUAUUCUUAGAAGAGACAAAAAUUAUCGGGGGUCAUCGAGAGAGACAUUAUAUCUGUAUAUCGAUUCUGUGUUAGAAAACUAACGAUAUGUAGCUCUUGCUUAUUCUUCCGAGUGCACAGAAUAUUGAAAACAAUUGCGAAAAAUUUCUUUCAAACUUUAAUAAUGCGAGCUUACACACGAUCGGGCGAUUCUUUCAUCGUCGCGAUUAGUAGAAAAGGUAAAUAUGUAUCGCUAGUUAGUUAACAGUAUUUGUCACGGUAGACUUACCCGUCACAUUUAUCCGUUUACUAAUUUCCUAGUAUUUAGAUAUCAGAGAAUAGUUUUAUAGAGAGUGCCUCUCUCUUUCUACGAGGUUUAAUCGUCCUCAAAACGCUAUCCCCGCAUGUUAAUUUGAGCAACAACUGGGGGUUUCCAACUAUUUUUAAACAAUUGCGCACAGCACCAAAUCAUUUAAAUAUAUGCAUCACAUAUUUCCACGAAGUAUAGACAUUUUUUUUUCUUCGCACACACGCAAGCAAAAGGUGCGUCCUCGUUCACCGCUUAAGUUAAGUAUUUUGUAUUUGCUCUUGGUUGACAAUCGUCGAUUCUUCUGUUACUUCUUACGACUAGUAUUAAUACGAUUCUUACCAUUAUUAUUAUUAUUAUUAUUAAUAGCACUUUUAUUAACUUUAUGUUGUACUUUGUAUGAUCUUUGUAAAUAAUCGUUGAUAUAGGCAAACAUUCAAAGGCGCUAAGCAGACCGGCACAAAGAGGAGGAACAACGACGUUCACUCACAUAUAAUACCAAAGUUUAAUGUAGUAAAAAAUUCACAAUUCUCUUUU